AUGCCCGUCGCCACCACAAUAUCUACUCCUUCCCACCACCAUCACCGCACUCAAGUUUACCCUUCACACUCUCUACGAUACCAGGCGUAUGAAGGCGGUCCAAAAUCCACGGUCUCAGAUUCAAGCCAAAGUGUGGUCGUGGGUGGACUGAGACGGGUCCUUGCUGGGGCCUGCAAAAGUCCUUCCGAGGAGCGUCGCCUAAGAGCCAAGGGGGCGAUGACCUCUCAUACACCUCGAAGAACGUAUUCAGACUCUAAAACAAACGCGAAGGAGACGUAUGGGAAGGAACCAAGGGUGGCAGUUCGAGAAGUGCGGAGGAAGUCUGAUUCAGAACAUCGGCACCAUCACCGCAGAUCCGAGAAGGAGGAUGCAAGGGAAGGCGAAAGAGUCUACGUCUAUAAGGCGCAAAAGAAAAGCGAGGGGGAAGCGGAUCGGUCUAGGCCUAGCAGCCUACGGAGAUCGACAACGAACGCCGGCGAAGCAAGUAGGACAAGGCAUGAGCGGCAGCGAACAGGGGACAGAGAAUUGCAAACGAGACACUCUGAGCGAAGGCCGCCUCACCACGAGGAAAAAACUCAUACUCCGUUACGGCGCGAGAAGCGCUCUAUCGCCGAUUAUGUUCCAAAGAGCACCCGGGAUAAGGCUCCGGUCACUAGGCCGCCCUUGAAGCGAAGUCAGACGUCUGCCCGUCAAGCGCGACCCCUAUCGUCUGACCAGCCCACCUCACCACCCGUACGCGAGAAGUUGGAGCGAGCGCCUUCUACUACUAGAGGAACCAGACCAGCUGCUCGGCCCUCGAGUAUUCUCGGUUCGAUAUUUGGGCUCCCUACACCAGCCAAACCGGUCCCACCAGCUAGGCCACCUAAGCCAGAGCAACAAGUAGAAUGCAUAACCUGCCUCUCCGACGACGUUCCAAUCUCCAAAACCGCCUUACUGCCCUGCAAACACCGCAUGUGCAACGCCUGCCUCCGCCGCCUCUUCACCCUUUCUACAACCGACCCACAACAUAUGCCUCCCACUUGCUGUACCAAAGACUGCAUCGACCUGAAACACGUCGACAAGCUCUUCGACAACAAUUUUAAAAGAAAGUGGAAUCGCAAAUAUCAGGAAUACACUACCAAAAACCGCAUCUACUGCCCCGCAAGGGGUUGCGGUUCAUGGAUCAAACCCGCACAUAUCCACGUCGAUACCAGCGGUGGCGCCAACGGAGGCAGGAAGUAUGGCAAAUGUCAAAGGUGCAAGACGAAAGUCUGCUGCACGUGCAACAACAAGUGGCAUUCCAGCCGUGAAUGCCCCAAAGACGCCGCCACGCAGGAGUUCAUCAAGGUCGCGAAAGAAGAAGGGUGGCAACGCUGUUUCAACUGCUCUGCGACCGUCGAGCUGAAGGAAGGUUGCAACCACAUGACCUGUCGCUGCCGCGCCGAAUUCUGCAUGAUCUGUGGCCUCAAGUGGAAAACGUGCGAUUGCCCCUGGUUCAACUACGAAGCCGUCGAAGCCGACCGCCUCAUUCACAUGAAUGUCCCUCAAAUCCGCAGAGCCCCGAUAGGGAAUCCCGCACGCGGAUACCAGGAGGAGCUGGACAGGCGAAGGGACCAAGAAUUGAGAGACGAGGCGUUUGCGAGGAGGAUCCAGAUCCUCGGCCUGGACGGGGAAGCCGACCUGAUCGACCUCGACAACGCGCCCUACGUCAAUGCUGCACCCCAUCGUACGAACGAAGACUGGAUCCGCCGCGCCGCCGAGGUUCUCUCCGCACUGCACAACCCAGCCCACGAGCGCGCCGCGGAGCGUUUAACGGCCGAAGCCCGACCGCAACACCGUCGUCCAGCACCGGCACCAGCACCACCGCCAGUAGAACCGCCCUUGAGACCGCACGCACCGCCCCGACCCCCGGAACCGGCACUGCGGCAGCAGCACUCGGCAGCUUCGAGACAGUACAAUAACCGCCCGACCACCCGCGCCAGCGAGAGAGUCGUGCCGAGGCGGGUGGUGAGCGAUUAUGCGACCGAGGCGGCGAGACAUCGGCCGCUGCCGCCGGGCGGGGUCGGUGCGGGGGCGACGGGGGAGACGAGGAGGGAGAGUUUGCUGGCGGGGAUCGUGGAGGGGAGGACGGCGGAGGGGAGGGUCGCGGAGUGGAGGCGGCAUGUGGGGCCGCUUGUUUGA